UUAUAACUACAAUAAGAAGCCAAGUGCCCCAAAGAAGCUCUAGCAGUCACUUUAACGCUAUGUAAAGUCGGUGUUUGCCCCCGCACAUGCCCCUGUCACCUAAUCACUCUUUCCGAAACUCCCUCCACCCAGCGUUUUGCCUCUGACGUCAAAGAGCCUCCCUCCCAGCCUCGGUCACUUCGGUAAUCCCUCUGCUGCCGGUUCUCUCAUUUCGGUGCCAGACCUGAGCGGGAAACGAGUGGGGAUCGGCGACAAAGGACAUCAUCCGUGCGUUGUAAUCAAGCGAGACUACCGGCGAAAUGGGCAAGGUAACUCAGAAUAGAGUGGCAACAUUUGGAAAGAAAUUAAUCCGCAGGAGAGUUGUGGACCUUAGCAAUGAAGAGACGUGCUUUGCUCGUUGUCUGACCACGUUGGACCUUAUUGCCCUGGGAGUUGGCAGCACUCUGGGGGCCGGGGUUUAUGUCCUGGCUGGAGAAGUUGCGAAGGAUAAGGCCGGUCCCUCCAUUGUCAUCUGCUUCCUCGCUGCUGCCCUUUCCUCGGUACUGGCUGGAUUAUGUUAUGCAGAGUUUGGGGCAAGAGUCCCCAAGACCGGUUCUGCUUACCUCUACAGCUAUGUUACUGUAGGAGAGAUAUGGGCCUUCACCACCGGAUGGAACCUCAUCCUUUCGUAUGUGUUGGGUACCGCGAGUGUAGCAAGGGCUUGGAGCUCCACGUUUGAUAAUAUAAUUGGCAAUCACAUCUCCAUUUUCUUCAAAGAAAAAAUAUCGAUUAAAGUCGAGAACGUUUUGGCCGAUUACCCAGAUUUUUUUGCUCUACUUCUAGUUCUUCUGCUCACAGCUCUUCUAGCGUUUGGUGUGAGCGAGUCUGCUCUGGUCAAUAAAAUCUUCACUGCGAUUAAUCUGCUGGUCUUGGGUUUUGUUAUCCUGGCUGGAUUUGUGAAAGGCGACAUUAAGAACUGGAGCCUCACAAAGGAAGACUUUCUGAAUGCCACAGACACAUCAAACAACUCUGACAGUUUAGAAAGUUUUGGCUCUGGGGGCUUCUCGCCGUUUGGGUUCAGUGGAAUUGUUUCUGGAGCUGCUGCCUGCUUUUACGCGUUUGUGGGAUUUGAUUGUAUUGCUACAACGGGAGAAGAGGCCAAAAAUCCCCAGCGUUCAAUACCUAUUGGUAUCAUCGUUUCGCUCCUUGUGUGUUUUGUGGCGUACUUUGGCGUAUCUGCAGCGCUCACUCUGAUGAUGCCGUAUUACCUGUUGAACAAAGAAAGCCCUCUUCCUGAAGCCUUUAAACAUGUGGGCUGGGAACCUGCCCGCUACGUUGUAGCCAUUGGGUCCCUUUGUGCCCUUUCUACCAGUCUACUGGGAUCCAUGUUUCCAAUGCCCCGAGUGAUUUAUGCUAUGGCUGAGGACGGUUUGCUCUUUAAGUUUCUUGCAAGCGUGAACAAGAGGACCAAGACCCCGCUGAUUGCCACCAUUGUUUCGGGGAUCGUUUCAGCUAUCAUGGCCUUUCUCUUUGAGCUGAACGUUCUGGUGGAGUUAAUGUCUAUUGGUACUUUACUUGCAUACACUCUUGUGGCAGCGUGUGUGGUUAUUCUAAGAUACCAACCUGAUCAAUUGGGUUCUCCAUCCAAGAACACGGAAAUGGUGAGGCUAAGUGAAUUUGAAGCCGAAAAAUUGUCAGGUGAUCUUAAGGACCCUUCAACUACAGAGAGAGAAGAACCAUUCCAUAUUAGACAUCUUCUGGUGCCAAGCCGUAGCUACCCCACUCGGAUGUCUGGACGUAUUGUAUAUGGCAGUGUUUCUGUGAUAUCAAUUAUAUUUGUGGUCUUAUGUCUCAUCCUGGCCCUGAAGCUAGAGGACCUUCUCAGUGGCAACGCACUCUGGAUAUCGCUGUGUGUCAUCUUGUCUGUGUUAAGUGUCGCGAUAACCCUGGUGAUCUGGAGACAGCCUGAAAGCAGCGCUCGUUUAUCUUUCAAAGUACCCGCUCUCCCUUUGUUGCCUGUCUUCAGUGUAUUUGUCAACAUUUAUUUCAUGAUGCAACUGGAAGCUGGAACCUGGGCACGAUUCGGGGUGUGGAUGGCCAUAGGGUUUCUGAUCUACUUCUUCUAUGGUAUUCGCAAUAGCGUGGAGGAAAGGGGAUCCGCAGGAAAUGACAAUAAAGUGGAUAAGAACCCCAACACUUUCCUCAGCCCUGACUCCAAAGACCCUUCAGCAACCUUUGUCUGAUGACCAAGCAUCUAGCUCUGAAUAACUGGAAAACGACAAAAUGUGCACAUUGAACAGAAGCCAAGCGAGGCAAUGAGGAAUAUAAGGAAAGGAGAUGGGUUACAGGAUUAAAUCACUUCCGGCCUUUUUUAAAAAUGUAUUUAUUUUUUUAAAAUCUGAUGGUUUAUCAUGUUGCGGUUCUUCUCCCCUAAGUUUACAGUUUAGUCAUUGGAUCCUUUCAGUGCUCGGAAUGAAUGCCUGGGUAUUUUUAAUGUAUUUAUCAGUGGGUAUUGUUGCUGCUGGAAUUAAAAUGCAAUUGUGUAAGGAGCAGUAAUUUCAGGAUUACAAUGAAUAGUGAUUUAGGAAAUGUUCCUAUUUUAGGUGCCAAAAAUAGCAAACUAUCUCUGUAUUAGGAAACCGUUUUACUGUUGGGUUUACCAGUCAUGGCAUUG